CUUACAUGGUCUCUCCUUCAGGUCGGUUGUGAACAAAACCCAUUACUUCGAAUUCGGCUCAAUACAAACGAUCGUAUCUCAAGAAUUUUUCAACUUCUACGACAUAAAUGGUCAUCUGCGUUGGAUAGAUUGGAUGCAAAUGGAAGUCGAAGGUCAUCUGGUCCGCGACCCGAUGUUCGUUUGUUCGCUGGUAAAGAUACUGAAGUGGGAAGAGUUGUUCUCAAUGCUACCGAGUUGGCGCCAGCCGUAGGAUUGUCCCUGAACAAGCUAAGAAAGGAACGAGAAGAUCGAGAAGCCCUGAAGUCUAAACGAUCCCGAAACGCACAAGUGAAUACUGCUGUCACAGUAUCCGACUACAAUACUGCGGGUAUCAGUAAGUUCACUCGGCAAAUUGAAGACGAACGUGCAAAUGGAUCCACUUACGCCUGCAACUGUGAUGUUUUUGAGCGCGUUCAAAAAGUCACCAAACCCGAUUGA